AUGUACAGCAAAAACAGAUUCACCCGCUGCCCAGACCCAACCUGCCGGAAACCCCCAACAAUCGCGAACCCAAGAAUCUACCAAACCAUAAUCGCAGGCAUGGCUCUAGUCCUGGGGAUAUGGUUCCUAGUCAUCGAACUACACGAGAAUGAAGAGCGCUGGCGCAAGACCGCAGGCGUAGCCAUCUUCCACGGAAAUCUACCGCCUGUACCGCAAUACUCGCCUGCAACUGUACCAUCGCUUUUGAAAGAGCCGACACCCAUUGAUAUUGGAUUGACUAUGCCGACGCGUCAGGCUGGGGUGAUUGGACAUCGAUUCACGGCUUGA